GAGGCAAACUAUCUGUUGAGUGCACUGCACCCGCUGCACCGUGUCUGGAGCGUUCUUAUGCGAUAUCUACUUAUGUACAUCUAUAGACAGAAAACUAAACCUUUCAAACGCGGCUGCAGCACUAUUUCCGCCGGAAGUUUCACCAAUAAUCGUUCCAAAGCAGCAGCACACCAGAAGCCACAGUCAGGCAGGCUUAAUCGAUCUGGAAAAUGGAGCUAUCGCGUCUGGUCUUUUCGCUGCUCAUCUUUUUCUUUAACGGAUUUAAGUGCUGUCUUUCAGAUAAUAACAAACACUGGAAGUCAUACCUCAGCAAAAUCACAGAUGCCACAAAGAACUACAAGCCAUGCAUUCAGAAAAAUGAAAGUUGUCAUCUCAGUAUCUUGAAAGAUGACCUUAUGCCGUUCCAAAAUGGAAUAUCUGAGGGGCUGAUGGCAGAUACUGUCCAACGAGGUGUUGGAACACAUUACCAGAUAAUUGGUCACAAACUGUAUAGGGAACAAAGCUGCAUGUUUUUAGCAAGAUGCAGUGGGGUUGAACACUUCAUACUGAAAGUGAUUGACAGGUUGCCAGAUUUGGAGGUGGUCAUUAAUGUACGUGAUUAUCCUCAGGUUCCUAGAUGGGUUCAGCCAGUCCUGCCUGUAUUGUCCUUUAGCAAGACAUCAGAGUACAACGACAUCAUGUAUCCCGCAUGGACAUUCUGGGAGGGAGGACCUGCUAUAUGGCCUAUUUAUCCUACUGGACUGGGCCGAUGGGACCUAAUGAGGGAAGACCUAAAUAAAUCAGCUGCACAGUGGCCGUGGAAGAAAAAGAUACCCAAAGGAUUCUUUAGGGGCUCUAGAACCAGUUCAGAGAGAGACCCUCUGAUCCUUCUUUCUCGAGAGUCCCCUGAUCUUGUGGAUGCUGAGUACACAAAGAACCAGGCCUGGAAGUCAGAGAAGGACACUCUUGGGAGACCCCCAUCCAAGGAGAUUCCCCUAGUUAACCACUGUGAAUAUAAAUACCUUUUCAACUUCAGAGGGGUUGCUGCUAGUUUCCGUUUCAAGCAUCUUUUCUUGUGUGGCUCGCUGGUUUUCCAUAUUGGGGAGGAAUGGCUUGAGUUCUUCUAUCCUCAGCUCAAGCCCUGGGUUCACUACAUCCCUGUUAAACAGGAUUUAUCAAACAUCAGUGAACUUCUUCAGUUUGUUAAAGAAAAUGAUGGUGUGGCCAAUGAAAUAGCUAUGAGGGGGAAGAAGUUUAUUCUGGAUCACCUCCGCAUUGAAGACAUAUAUUUUUACUGGGAGAGGCUGCUCACUGACUUUGGUAAACUGCUUAAAUACAAACCCAAAAGGAAAUCAAACUACUCUCAGAUCCUUUCCAGGCCCAUCAGACUUGAACUUUGACUUGAGGAAUUUACAGUGGUACAUUUUAACUCCACUGCAGUUACGUUUUGGUGUCUUGCAUCCUCAGCUAAGUUCAGAAUUUUAGAAACAUCUCACAAAGUUAGUUUUUUAUAUUGUGUUAUCUAAAAAGGAUGUAUGGAAAACAAUAAAUUCUUGUUGGUA